AUGUUGGCCGGGCGCUCGAUGUUGCUCAUGACUUGUGCCUGUCGUAUUGCUGACCUCAAGCGGAACAUAGUGAUGUCGCUCGGACGAAGCGAACAUUUCGGUGCAGCAGCAUGUGAAAUCAAAGAUUCCCAUGCACUUUUAGUUAAUUCUGCAGACUAUCGUCAUCUGCUGAUGCUGCAGGCUGUAAGAAGAUGCCGGAUACUAGUUCGGAACUUUCGAUUCGCUCUCCCAAAGCCACAAGUUUCCUUCCUCACGUCAGGCGGUGGAACCGGGGGUGAUAACAAGGACGGCAGUGAUGGACUCGAUGUUAAAAAACUAACUAGCUUCUUUGAAAAGGCAGAGCAAAUAGCCAAGGAGAGCGCUCAGGCCGCAGUGCCCCCGAUGCAGGCGGAAUCCGAACCGAAACAAGAGGAGGCUCAGUUGGAAUUGAAACCGGAAAAGGCGGAGGCGCAGGCAACCUCUACCAUGCCGAAGAAGGCGGACACCCAGGAGACGGAUAUAAGACGUCGUCGUAUCUCUGCACCUCGACUGGUUCCGUGGACUUCCAAUCGGUUUCUGAAGGAGGUCAAGUGCAAGAAGGUUGUAUCCAACUCGCCCCCAAAGUCCUUCGCGAAGAUGUUUCGUGAGAGCACCUUUGUGCAGUUGGGAAACUUCCGACAACGCGAGCUAAUCGGUGUAGUCAUCGAGAACACCAACGACACCGACCUCUAUAUCGAUUUCGGUGGCAAGUUUCACGCCGUCUGCCCACAACCUCAAGGUCACUUUUACCCUCGAGGUAGCCUAGUCCGCAUACGUCUGCGCGAUCCCGAGAUGGCCAAUCGGUUCAUGAUCAACACAAAGGCCAUCAGUCUGCAUGAGGCCGAUGCAGUUCUCCUGGGACCUUACCGUGGCCAGGUGGUUCCUCAGUCGGAGGCUUCAUUAAAUUCCGGUUUCAUCCCCGUCACGGAGGAGUCGAGCUCCGGGUUCUUACCGGUUCGCGACAACCGAAAUGUGGUCUCCUCAGAACACUGGAAAAUGUCAGCUGCCGGUGACUCCAAGGAUGACAGAGCACGGCCCCCGGGCUUCGUGGAGGCGGUUCUGAAACCCAGCAAGUCGUUGCCCGAGGGUGUCAGUGAAACAGUCAAAGGCUACGACUUCAACAAGGGCGUCGACUAUGAAGCCCUGCUGUUGUCCUACGCCACCACCGGGUUUCAGGCUACCAACUUUGGCCGCGCUGUCAAGGUUAUCAACGCAAUGGUAAGCCUUCAUCUACGUGUGCUUCGAGAUUAA